UUCGUUUGGAAGCAGGAAUUUUGAGUCGGUGGAUUUGCGUAGACGAUGUGGUGAUGGCGAAUUUAGAGAUGGAAAAUUCAAGAAAAAACCUAGGGAUUUGAUUCUCUUCGUUAUUUAGGUGAAAAUCCUUCGCAAACUCUCCGUCAGAUUACUUGCGCUCUCUAUUCUGAUUGUUUCUACCUCUCCAGCAUACAACUCAGGCUAAGCUGUGACUCUCUAUGGAUUAGGCAUCCUCUUGCUUCGGACGGAUAUUGAUAUUGUUUAGUUCACAUUUUGACUUUUUAGCGUAUGUUGUAACAAGAAACUAUUAAUGAGUGAAAGUUACAUGUAAAUGUAUACAACAUUAUAGUAUUUGUUACCCUUUGAUAAGCAAUUGCAGUUGCGAUUUAGUCUGAAUCUAAUUGGGGUCUCGUUUCAUCUCUUCAGAAGUAUAAUUUACAAUCUGCUCGGACUUGGUAGAUUUCUUUUGGUUAAAUUUGCAGACAAGAACAACAUGAACUUUUACAUUCUGGUUGCUUGAUCACAUUUGAGUUCUGGAAAUUCAGAUUUGCAGCAAUCAAAUGGAGAGUUUAGCACAAUUGGAAGCGUUGUGUGAGAGGCUCUACAAUUCACAGGACUCAGCUGAACGAGCUCAUGCAGAGAAUACUUUGAAAUGCUUUUCUGUCAACACUGAUUACAUUUCGCAGUGCCAAUACAUUUUGGACAAUGCCUUGACCCCUUAUGCUUUGAUGCUGGCUAGCUCAAGCUUGCUGAAGCAAGUGACUGAGCAGCGCCUUCCUUUGCAGCUUCGCCUUGAUAUUCGGAACUACAUAUUAAAUUAUCUCGCUACCAGAGGACCUGAGUUGGAGAACUUUGUAAUCACUUCCAUUAUUCAGCUCUUUUGUCGCAUUACAAAGUUUGGGUGGUUUGAUGAUGACAGCUUCAGAGAAGUGGUUGGAGAGGCGACAAAAUUCUUGAAUCAGGCAACUCCUCACUACGCUAUUGGCUUAAAGAUCUUGAGUCAGAUGGUUAGUGAAAUGAACCAGCCAAAUCUUGGUUUGCCGUCAACACAUCAUAGAAGGGUAGCGAGCUCUUUCAAGGAUCAGUCUCUUCUACAAAUCUUUCAAAUAUCUUUGACGUCAUUAUGUCAACUUAAAAAUGAAGCAGGAAGCAAGUUUCAGGAACUGGCUCUUACUCUGUCUCUCAAAUGCUUAUCAUUUGACUUUGUUGGGUCAGCAUUAGAUGAAAGUUCAGAUGAUUUUGGCGCUAUCCAGAUUCCAGCUGCAUGGAAGAAUGUCAUUGAAGAUCCCACAACGGUGCAGAUUUUCUUUGAUUACUAUGCCAUUUCCAAAACAAAUCUGUCAAAAGAGGCUUUGGAGUGCUUGGUACGUUUGGCUUCUGCAAGGAGGACUCUGUUCUCGAAUGAUGUGUCACGCCUGAAAUAUCUUGCUCACUUAAUGACUGGAACCAAAGAAAUCCUUGAAACAGGACAAGGUCUAGCUGAUCAUGACAAUUAUCAUGAGUUUUGUCGUCUUCUAGGGCGAUUUAAAGUGAAUUACCAGCUGUCCGAGCUUGUGAACAUGGAGGGCUACAGUAGUUGGAUACAUUUAGUCGCAGAGUUCACGUUGAAGUCUCUACAAUCAUGGCAGUGGGCCAGCGGAAGUGUAUACUACCUACUUGGGCUGUGGUACAGAUUGGUGGCAUCUGUUCCAUAUUUGAAGGCGAAUGCACCGAACCUGCUGAAUGAAUAUGUGCCUAAAAUCAUAGAGCAUUUCAUUUCGUCAAAGUUUGACUCUGCUCAGGCUGGAUUACCCGAUGAUCUAUCAGAGGACCCACUGGACAAUGCUGAACUGCUUCAGGAUCAGCUUGAAUGCAUUCCAUAUCUAUGCAGAUUCCAGUAUGACAGAUGCAGCAUGUAUAUAAUGCAGAUAACUGACCCCAUCCUUCAGUUAUAUAUGGAUUCGGUAAACCUUCCAGCCUUGGCAGAUAACAAGGAGCUUGUUGUGAUUGAAACAAAACUGGCUUGGAUAGUGCAUAUAGUAGCUGCAAUUCUUAGGAUGAAACAAUUUAGUGGAGUAAGUGAAGAUUCUCAAGAAUUACUGGAUGCAGAACUUUCAGCACGGGUAUUGCGGUUGGUAAAUAUCACAGACUGUGGGUUACAUAGUCAGAGAUAUGAUCAGGUGACCAAGCAAAGAUUGGACCGGGCAAUACUUGCAUUCUUCCAAAAUUUUAGGAAAUCAUAUAUCGGUGAUCAAGCCACACAAUCUUCUAAGCAGUUGUAUGGGCGAUUAGCUGAGCUUCUUGGACUGAAUGAUCAUCUUCUUGUACUUAAUCUUAUUGUCGGGAAGAUUGCUACAAAUCUGAAGUGCUAUGCACAGAGUGGAGAGGUUAUCAUUCACACAUUGAAUCUCUUCCAGGAGAUGGCUAGCGGAUACAUGACAGGCAGGCUGCUCUUGAAGUUGGAUACUGUGCAAUUCAUAAUUUCACACCAUAAUAGGGAGCACUUCCCAUUCCUCGAGGAUUUCAGAUGUUUGCGCUCUAGAACAUCCUUUUAUUACAUCAUUGGGCAGCUAGUAUUCAUGGAAGAUAGCCUUCCAAAAUUUAAAUCGUCGAUGGAUCCUCUCAUGAAGGUUUUUGUUGGUUUGGAAACAACAACUGAUGGAAUGUUUCGGACGGAUACUGUGAAGUAUGCAUUGAUUGGACUGGUGCGGGACCUCAGAGGAAUUGCGAUGGCAACAAAUAGUCGCCGUACAUACACUUUCCUUUUCGAUUGGAUAUAUCCAGCUCGCAUGCCACUUCUUCUGAGAGCAGUUACACAUUGGAAUGAUACACCUGAGGUGACAACCCCUUUAUUGAAAUUCACAGCAGAAUUUGUUCUGAACAAGUCCCAAAGACUGACUUUUGACUCAUCGUCUCCAAGUGGCAUAUUGCUUUUCCGUGAAGUCAGCAAAUUAAUUGUUGCGUAUGGGUCCCAAAUGUUAUCAUUUCCCAAUUUUGCUGAUAUGUACACUUUCAAGUACAAGGGUAUAUCAAUCGUGUUGACUAUAAUGUCCAGAGCUCUUGCUGGGAACUACGUGAACUUUGGUGUUUUUGAACUAUAUGGUGAUAGAGCACUUUCAGAUGUUCUUGACAUCAUCCUAAGGAUGAUACUGUCUAUUCCUUUGCCUGAUAUGCUGGCAUAUCGGAAGCUGAGAGGGGCUUACUAUGCAUUUAUGGAGGUUUUCUUGAAUAACCAGAUGUCCUUCAUAUUAAAAGCAGAUACAAGCUCAUUCAGAUAUAUUGUUUCUUCACUUGAAUCAGGCCUUAAAGGAUUAGAUACAAAUAUCUUGUCACAGUGUGCGUCGGCUGUUGAUAAUUUGGCGACUUUCUAUUUCAACAACAUCACAAUUGGGGAACCACCUGCUUCACCAGCUGCUCUUGUCUUUGCUCGGAAUGUUGCAGAUUGUCCUGAUGUGUUUCCCGAGAUACUCAAAACUCUUUUUGAGAUUGUUCUUUUUGAGGAUUGUGGCAACCAGUGGAGUCUUAGCAGACCAAUGCUGAGUUUGAUACUCUUAAGUGAAGAGAUGUUCACAAAUCUGAAAACUCAGAUCUUGGCUUCACAACCAACAGAUCAGCAUGGACGAUUAUCGCUUUGCUUUGACAAACUUAUGGGAGACAUCAACCGAAGUUUAGAUAACAAGAACAGAGACAGGUUUACCCAAAACUUGACCCGAUUCAGGAACGAAUUCCGGACUAGAUGAUGAAGAAACAUUGAAUUAUUUGCAACCCCAUGCAAGCAAAUCAUAAAAGAGGAAGUUUAUUAUAGAUAAUUGACCUAGCUAGGGUUGAUCUCUAUAGCAUGCAUGCAUGCAUUCAAUGGUGCUACCACCUAAUGAUUGAUUUUCUUUUCCUUUUUUUGGGGGGUUUUGGUUGUAAAUGGAUAUUAAAGCCUUUGGAAAACUAUUCUUUUUAUUUUCUCAGACAGAUUUGAAAUAUGGGUUUGUUGUUGAUUGUCUGUUGGUCUGGCAAACUCUUUCGAUCUUACCCCCUAUUCUUUGGAAGUGUUUCCCAUUUGUAAAGGACAUGGAAGAAUAUGCCUUUUGAAAUUCAGUUUUUCAUACUCAAUAAUAUAAUCUCAGAUUUUAU